AUGGAUCAGGGCCGUUCAACAGGUGCCCUGCAGCCAAAUGGGCUGAGAGAAAGAGUACCGCACCUUGAUUCAACUGGAGGUCGCGAUGCUCUAACCUCCCAUGCUGAACUGGAGAUCAAGGAUACUGACGGGAAGGACAAGAAGACCUUUGGCCGCACUCCAGAUGGAACUGUAUUCACCGUGCCUCAGACCCAUGACAUGGUCUCCCAGCUUUUGUCCCCUUCAGAACCAAAGAAUCUUUCUGAUGCGGUGGUUUUACUCCUACUGGCAUCUCAUGUGUUUCUGCUCUGGGCUCUUCCAGCAUGCCUCAAAGUCCCGGUUUUCGCUUUCGUGUACCUAUUUUGGCGCGCUGGCUACAAUGCCGGGAUUGGAUGGCUGCUGCAUAACCAGUCGCAUCACAAAACUAUGAUCCGGUGGGCAGAGAAGACAAAAAUCUUUGUCAAUCCGGCCACUGGCAAAAAUCCUCACCCAAAACUGUACAAUUGGAUCAAGUGGGAAAUGGAGACCAAAAUUCCUCACGAUUAUUCUUUCGAAGAGGCACCUAUUGAAUACAAUACCUGGCUAGUCUUCCGCCGUCUAGUUGAUGUGAUCCUGAUGUGUGACUUUACCUCUUAUUGUCUCUUUGCGAUAGCCUGUGGUCACCGUCCUGUUGAUGAGAGCUUGGUCAUGACCUCCCUUCGGUGGAUAGCCGGUAUCGUUCUGGUCCUGUUCAACCUCUGGGUCAAACUAGAUGCUCACCGAGUAGUCAAGGACUAUGCCUGGUAUUGGGGAGAUUUCUUUUACCUCAUUGACCAAGAGCUAACCUUUGACGGAGUCUUUGAAAUGGCUCCCCACCCUAUGUACUCGGUCGGCUAUGCGGGCUAUUACGGUAUCUCCCUGAUGGCCGCCAGCUAUAAAGUCUUGUUUAUUUCGAUCAUUGCCCAUGCAGCUCAAUUCGCCUUCCUCGUCCUCGUUGAGAACCCGCACAUCGAGAAGACCUACAACCCACCCGCACCCCGCAAGCGCUCAGUCUGCGCCGGUUCUUCCACCAGUCUCCCUGCCUACUUAGACAGCCCAUCAGCGCCAACACCGUUCGCGACAACUCCGAUUGCAGCAACCCCGUCUGAGGAAUUACAACCCAAUGCGCCACCAUCGUACUCGACCAAACCACCACCCUCGGUCCACAAUCUUUUGGGCUUGAGCAAUUUGGAUCUCUUUAGAACCACGGAUUCCUCGAUAAUUCUCAUCGAGCUACUUGUAUUCGCAGUCACUGUGUUAAGUCCAUCGACCCCGUUGUACCAAUUCUUUUUCGUGGUCAAUGCAGUUGUGUGGCGUGUAUGGUAUUCUGUAGGUCUUGGGCACCUUCUUAACAACCAGUCUAGAGACAAAGCUUGGACCAGACACUUCCUCAAAUUUGGUGAGACUCCUCUGGAGGCAUGGAACCAGUGGAAGGGCACUUAUCAUCUGAGCAUGGUCAUGUGCUCGGCCAGUUUUAUCGCUGCAGCAUGGAAGAUGUACACCGUUCCUAGUGAUUGGAAUUACGGCUUGGUGCUUUUCCGCCACGUUGUUGGUGUCGGUCUGAUCAGUUUGCAAAUUUGGACUUCGAUCAGUAUAUACGAUUCUCUUGGAGAAUUUGGCUGGUUCUACGGCGAUUUCUUCUUCGAUGAAUCUCCCAAACUCACUUACGAGGGUAUUUAUCGCUUUCUCAACAACCCAGAGCGCGUGUUGGGUUUGGCUGGUGUCUGGGGUGCAGUUCUUAUCACAAGCAGCGGCGCGGUCACCUUCCUGGCCUUCCUGAGCCACAUCCUAAGCCUGGCUUUCAUCCAAUUUGUUGAGCGCCCUCAUAUGCAGAAACUCUACGGCCGCAGCCUGCGCCAGGAUGGUGGUGUCGUCAAGAAUUUGAAGAAAUCCCUGCCCCCAUCCCUCAAGCAGCUCCACGGCAGUGUUGACAAGAUGUUUGAUGACUCCUUUGACUUCAUCGAGGAGCUUCUUGAUAACGCCCGUCCAAAGCUUGCUGCUGGAGUCACCACAUUCGUCAAGGAUACUACGGCUCUGUUCCAGAAAUACCCAGCUCGCGUAACUAUCUCUCGCAUUGAUGCUGAUUUGGCUGGAUAUGAUGUCCGGGACUACUCCUUGUCUGUUGAAGGAACGGACGCACAGUCUCCAGAAGAGAACGAACAAGGCAAAGGUCGCGAGGGUGCUAAUGCCCGUAUGCCCCUGGAUCGUCGUGGUGAUCUUCAGAACUUGACAUUUGAAUACGGCUCUCCCAUCAAGGUCAAAUGGACUGCGCCACUCAAUCACAGCAAGAAGGACUGGAUUGGUCUGUACCGUGUCACAGACAAUACUUCUCGAGAGGUCAGCCGCGUCUCCUCACAGGGCCGUUGGAUUGCGACCAACGAGGGUUCGUAUGACAACCUGACCUGCGAGAAGGGGAUUCUAGUUAGCGAUGUGGUUACCAAGGCAUCUGAGAAUGGCCGCGAGAAUCACGAGCUCGCAUCUGGAGAAGUUCUCUUCUCGGGUGAUAAAAUUUUCUGGACUCAGGGUGUUUUUGAACUUCGCUACCACCACAAUGGCGUGCACAAUGUCAUGGCUAUCUCUAGACCAUUUGAGGUUCGCAUCCGGCACUAUGACGAGUUCGACUUCUUUGGCGAGGAAGGACUUGUGCAGAGCACCGUUGAGAAGGCCUUGCUUCCUGUCGUCCGCAAUUGCUUCGAUCGUAAUCCUGAAGUCGCGCCUGAAGCUGCCGAUGAGCAAUUUGGUGGCCUCGUCGAACGAGAUGGCAAGUUUGCCAAGCGGGUUGUGUUUGCAAUUCAUCAAAUAGGGUUCCACAGGUUCGGCGUUGAGUUGGCUCCCGAGGUCGUCAAGGCGGAUGGCAAUGUUUUGAAUCUCGCAUGGCGCAUCUGUAAUGCCAAAAAGGUCUUGCAUGACUCGAUCCAAUGGCAGAACAACGCCAGUUUAGGUCGAGAAAGCAGCUUGAUCAAGCCUUCAGCUCCGAACGGUGGUUAUAUCUUCCUCUUCCAGGGCAACAAGUUCUUGAUACAACGAACAUGGUGA